AGGGGGCGGGGGAAGGAGGCUGGAGGCCGCGGUAAAUGGCGACUCUGUGUGUCUGAUCCGAGUCUCAGCUCGCUGCAUCCGCGCGGUUCCUUCAGCAGCAUCGGCUUUUCUCUGUAAUCGGCGGCGUUCAGAGGGAAUUAAAGAGAAACAGUAGCGCAGGCUGGAAGUAAGUAAACCUUAAUGAGCGGAAAGGAAGCCUGGAGAUUGUGGAAUAAAGCGCGGUGUCGGACAAAAGGCUGUGAGCUCCGAGCUGCUGUUUACAGAAAUGUGGAAUUUUACAGGAGGAGACCUGCUGCUCCUGCCUUUCCUUUCCUUCCUUUCUUUCAUUUCUUUUCUUUACCUUUCAUUUCAUUUCAUCUCAGAAAUCAUAAGCUCUGGCUGAAAGCUAGUACACAGCCGUUGUUUUGGAAGUGAAGACAAACAGCAGCACUAAACUGACCCCCUCUUUGGCUUGGAGGUUUUUUCCUUCUUUCCUUUUUUUUUGUGUGUGUGUGUUUUUUUACCAGCAGAAACAGGAGCUCGGAUCCAUCUGUUGAGCUCUGAGUCGAGUUAAAGCUCUUUUGCUUGUUUAUUUGUUUACACAGUUCAUGUUUAAAUGUCGUUCUUGUGUGUGUGUUUAUCUGUUUUGCAGCAUUCAGCUGUGCUCAAGCUAACCUGCCUUACAACUUAGUUUGUAAACGUUAGCUAACUAGCUAGUUAGCCAAAAAAUGUGUCUAAAGUGUAUGUAAACACACCAAUAAUAAAAUGUAAACCUCUUAAACUUCACAUAAGACUAUAAAUAUUAAUCAGUGAUAAUAAUAAUUUAAAAAAAAAGACAUUUUGCGUGUUAAUGAGUAGGCCAAUGAGUAGGUAAAGUGGUUAGUUGGUUAGAUAGAUAGUUAGUUAGCAAUAAACUAGCACUUGGACACUCGAGUGGUGAGUUGAUGGUAUUUAGAGUUAGAUCUGUUUAAUGCUAAUCAUGCUGUAUGGGUAAUAAGUUAACUCAUGAUAUGUUGAGAUAGCUAGCUAGCUAACAGCUGAGGAUAACGGUUACAGAGCUAGCUAUUGAUCAUUCAGUCGCUGUAUUGCACUUGGCUUGCUUUGCUAACAACAAAAAAAUGUUUUCGAAGCUAGCAAAAGUGUGUGUUGUAUUUUUUCCUCCUUUUUUGUCCUUUUUUUCUUUGGAGUUAUUCGUUAAAUGAGCAGCGGCCGGAAUAACCGAGUCAUGAUGGAAGGAGUGGGCGCUCGAGUGAUCCGCGGCCCGGACUGGAAGUGGGGGAAGCAGGACGGCGGAGAGGGCCAUGUGGGCACCGUGAGGAGCUUCGAGAGCCCCGAGGAGGUGGUCGUGGUUUGGGAUAACGGCACCGCGGCCAACUACCGCUGCUCCGGGGCCUACGACGUCCGGAUACUGGACAGCGCGCCUACAGGUAUAAAGCACGACGGCACCAUGUGCGACACCUGCAGGCAGCAGCCCAUCAUCGGCAUCCGCUGGAAAUGUGCCGAGUGCACGAACUACGACCUCUGCACUACAUGUUACCAUGGAGACAAGCACCACCUAAGACACAGGUUCUACCGCAUUACCACGCCAGGCAGCGAGAGGGUCCUUUUAGAGUCUCGGCGCAAAUCUAAGAAGAUCACGGCGCGAGGAAUCUUCACCGGAGGACGCGUGGUGCGGGGAGUGGACUGGCAGUGGGAGGACCAGGACGGGGGAAACGGCAGGAGAGGAAAGGUGACGGAGAUCCAGGACUGGAGUGCAGCGAGUCCUCACAGUGCCGCCUACGUCCUCUGGGACAACGGGGCUAAGAACCUUUACCGAGUCGGCUUCGAGGGCAUGUCGGACCUGAAAUGUGUGCAAGAUGCCAAAGGAGGAACUUUCUACAGAGACCACUGUCCAGUCUUGGGUGAGCAGAACGGGAACAGGAACCCCGGCGGCCUGCAGAUCGGAGACCUGGUCAACAUCGACUUGGACCUGGAGAUCGUCCAGUCUCUGCAGCACGGCCACGGCGGCUGGACGGACGGCAUGUUCGAGACGCUCACCACCACGGGCACGGUGUGCGGCAUCGACGAGGACCACGACAUCGUCGUCCAGUAUCCCAGCGGCAACAGGUGGACGUUUAACCCGGCCGUCCUGACCAAAGCUAACAUGGCGCGCAGCGGCGAGGUCCCGGCCGGCGCUGAAGGAGGAAGCUCCCAGUUCAUGGUGGGGGAUCUGGUGCAGAUCUGUUACGACAUCGACCGCAUCAAGCUGCUGCAGAGGGGACACGGAGAGUGGGCUGAGGCCAUGCUGCCGACGCUGGGGAAGAUGGGCCGAGUGCAGCAGAUCUACUCUGACAGCGACCUGAAAGUGGAGGUGUGCGGUACUUCCUGGACCUACAACCCGGCCGCCGUCACUAAAGUGGCUCCUGCUGGUUCUGCCAUUACUAAUGCAUCUGGAGAGCGUCUGUCUCAGCUGCUGAAGAAACUGUUUGAGACUCAGGAGUCAGGAGACAUCAACGAGGAGCUGGUGAAGGCUGCGGCCAACGGAGACCUGGCCAAAGUGGAGGACAUCCUCAAGAGGCCGGACGUGGACGUGAACGGGCAGUGCGCAGGACACACAGCCAUGCAGGCGGCGAGUCAGAACGGCCACGUGGACGUCCUCAAGCUGCUGCUGAAACACAACGUGGACCUGGAGGCUGAGGAUAAGGACGGAGACCGGGCCGUGCAUCACGCCGCGUUUGGUGACGAGGGCUCCGUCAUCGAGGUUCUGCACCGAGGGGGAGCCGAUCUCAACGCCAGGAACAAGCGCAGACAGACGCCGCUGCACAUCGCGGUCAACAAGGGUCACCUGCAGGUGGUGAAGACGCUGCUCGACUUCGGCUGCCACCCCAGCCUUCAGGACUCGGAGGGAGACACACCUCUCCACGACGCCAUCAGCAAGAAGAGGGACGACAUGCUGUCGGUUCUGCUGGAGGCCGGCGCUGACGUCACCAUCACCAACAACAACGGCUUCAACGCUCUCCAUCACGCAGCGCUGCGGGGGAACCCCAGUGCCAUGCGCGUGCUAUUAUCCAAGCUGCCACGGCCCUGGAUAGUAGAUGAGAAGAAGGACGAUGGCUACACUGCCCUUCACCUGGCUGCGCUUAACAAUCACGUAGAGGUGGCAGAGCUUCUAGUCCACCAGGGAAGUGCCAGUCUGGACGUACAGAACGUAAACCAACAGACGGCGUUGCACUUGGCCGUGGAGCGGCAGCACACACAGAUCGUCCGGCUGCUGGUGAGAGCCGAGGCCAAGCUGGACGUGCAGGACAAGGACGGGGACACGCCGCUGCACGAGGCCCUACGUCAUCACACCCUGUCCCAGCUCCGGCAGCUGCAGGACAUGCAGGACGUCAGCAAGGUGGAGCCCUGGGAGCCCUCCAAGAACACGCUGAUUAUGGGACUGGGGACUCAAGGUGCAGAGAAGAAGAGCGCUGCCUCCAUCGCCUGCUUCCUGGCAGCCAACGGCGCCGACUUGACCAUCCGCAACAAGAAGGGCCAGUCUCCGCUUGACCUGUGCCCUGACCCGAGCCUGUGCAAAGCACUGGCCAAGUGCCACAAAGAAAAGACCAGUGGGCAGGUGGGGUCCCGCAGCCCGUCUCUGAACAGCAACAACGAGACCCUGGAGGAGUGUAUGGUGUGCUCGGACAUGAAGCGGGACACGCUGUUCGGGCCGUGCGGCCACAUCGCCACCUGCUCGCUGUGUUCUCCUCGCGUCAAGAAGUGUCUCAUCUGUAAAGAGCAGGUCCAGUCCAGGACCAAGAUUGAAGAGUGUGUGGUUUGCUCAGACAAGAAAGCAGCCGUGCUCUUCCAGCCCUGCGGUCACAUGUGCGCGUGUGAGAACUGUGCCAGCCUGAUGAAGAAGUGUGUGCAGUGUCGGGCGGUGGUGGAGCGGCGUACUCCUUUCGUCCUGUGCUGCGGAGGGAAAGGUAUGGAGGAUGCCACUGAUGAUGAGGACCUUACAGGGGGCUCUAACUCAGUGGCAGGGGGGUCGCAGGAUCUACUCCAGCCCAACAAUCUGGCGCUAAGUUGGUCCAGCGGAAACAUCCCAGCCUUGCAGAGGGACAAGGACAACACUAACGUCAACGCAGAUGUGCAGAAGCUUCAGCAGCAGCUCCAGGAUAUCAAAGAGCAGACCAUGUGCCCGGUGUGUCUGGAUCGUCUGAAGAACAUGAUCUUCAUGUGCGGCCACGGCACGUGCCAGCUGUGCGGCGACCGCAUGAGCGAGUGCCCCAUCUGCCGGAAGGCUAUCGAGAGGCGGAUCCUGCUGUACUAGAGCUCCAGGCCUCCGACUCCUCCGUGCUUCUCACCGCAUCCACUGCUCCUGUGGCUCAUGCUCAUCAGUGUUAACGUCAAUUCUUUCUUUUUCUUUUAUUUUAUUUUUUUUGUUAUUGUCUAAAGCAACCUUCUGGACAAGUUUUGCUACAUCAUGGUUUAUUCUCUUUGGUUCAUUACAAGCUCAUUGCAUGGUGGAUGAGGAAACAAUUGCGUCUUGUGCUCUGCUUUAUUGUCCAUAGUUUUUGGCUUCUCCAUAAAUGUAAACUUGCUUAUUAGGGAGUAUAUCUAUUUAACAGAGUGUAUCAGUACUCUGUCUAACAUUUAUGAGCUCAGAACACUACAACACUACAGGUCUUUCCUAUGCAGCAUGUUAACCUUCAGCGUCUAAUGGGACUGCUGAGCAGAAGCUUGUGCGUUCUACUUUAUGUGCGUUCAACUUUAUGUGCUUUCUACCCUGUACUAUUUUUUUAGUGUCGGUGCAAACCUACAAGCUUAGAAAAGGGUGCACCGAUUCCAACAGAAAAGCAUUCAAAUCACGAAGUUCGAAUCCCCACCAGGCCACAGCCAUCCGUGGAACGAAACUGUCUGGGUGGUCGGGGUUAUUCCAGCCCCUGUUAAUCAUA